AAGAAGAAGAAGAAAGCUCAAUAUAAUGCGGUAAACAACUUCGGUCGGUGUGAUAUUACUCGUGUCGCAGAACUGUUUAUAAAACGAUACAUUUGCUUGAGUUUCGUUCGUUUAUUUGGUGAAUAGUUCGUUGUAGUUCUAUUGUCAAUCAUGAACGCACCACCCACCUUCGAAUCUUUCCUUCUGUACGAAGGAGAGAAAAAAAUCAUCAAAGAAUUGGACAUGAAAGUACCGAAUGCGGCCAUAUUCACCGUCAACAAAGAAGAUCACACGCUGGGAAACAUGAUUCGCAACCAGCUGCUGAAGGAUCCGAAUGUUUUGUUCGCUGGCUAUAAACUUCCCCAUCCGCUCGAGCAUAAGUUCGUUCUGCGCAUUCAAACGACGUCGGAAUAUUCCCCUCACGAAGCGUUCAUGAACGCCAUUACCGAUCUGCUGUCUGAGCUGUCCCUGUUCGAGGAGCGGUUCCGUGAAGCGAUGAAGGAAAAGAAGGAAGGUGGCGAUUAGGAGGAUAUGCUUUCGGAAUGGUCCACCACGUCAGACACGGGCAUGAGACUGGCGGAUGGUGUCGUUUUUGGAAGUCAUCUAAUAGAGCCAAUGGUGUGUGAAUGCGAUUUUAGUGCUUAAGAAUGGUGACCUAUAUUGUUUCAGUAUAAAUAUUGAGUUAUUCUAUCUAACAUACUUAA